AACGUUGUAUUUAACGGUACGUGUUGUGUUCAGUGUGCUGUGCAAUAAGGCGUCGCUCUGUGUGCGGAUGAAAAUACUCGGUCACAAUGGUUACCUACAUUAUUUUGGGAAAAUAAUAAGCGAUGAAUGUCUGUCUGUCUGUCUGUCGUCUUUAUGAAAGCGGUUAAUCGAGGCGGUUUUUUGUUAUUUGCUCCCAACGUUGAGUGUUUAAAUUAAAAUUGUGGCAUUUACAAUUAACACAAAUAUUUAAAAAAAAAUCGAAGGCAAAACAACUUGCAAAAAAUUAGUGUUGAAAAAAAGUAGAAAUAAAAAAUAUUCCAUCAAAGUAAUAUUUGGAAAAUUUGCUAACAAAAUAAAAAAGUACAAAAAAAAAAAAUAAGUUGUAAUAAAAAAAUAUUUCGAAUUUUUGUGUGUACAAUUUCUAUUGUUGUGUGUUAAUCUAAUUAAAAAAUUUCCCCUCAAUAUUGUUGCUAUAAUCCUGGAAUCAUCUGGAUCUGUUCUAUUUUGGCUCGCAUAUGUUUCCUCAUCCGGAAAUAAAACAAGGACAAAAACCAGAAAAAUUCGGGAAUCUCGAAAAUCUGAUCUCACCACCAGUAAACAACGUCCUGCACAAAUGUUCCCUUUGGAUUUCGAACGCGGAUAUUUGCCAUAUAUUUACACUCUCUGUUUUGUUGGAAUAUUCAUAUUAACAUUUUCAUUCUUUGCGUCACUGUAUAUUUCUGUUGACGGUUAUUGAAAAUUUUCAGCAAGCCACAAAUAAACAAGAAAACAAGUAGACAUUUUUCACUUUUAUUUUGUCAAAUGUAAGCGGAGAUGUGGUUGUUGUUGCUGUCGUUGUCUUUUUUGUUGUUGCCGGUCUUGUCAACGCCCAAAAUUGCUGAAAUGUAACGAAUUCCAUUGGCUUGAAUGAAGGAAGACAAAAAUGAAGACAGCAGAAAAUUACAUUUGAUGUAUUGUGUGACAUAUAACGGCAGAUACGAUGUCACUUUUGUGUUAUUGCUAUAAUUUGCCAUUGCUUGUAAGUUGAAUUCCCCUCCCCUCCCCGCUACCAUCAAGGAUUUUUAAAACAAAUUAAAGAACGACACAAAAAAUGAUGCGACCACAUGGAAAUGAUGUUCAAAAUACGAUUUAAAUAUAUAUGAAUUGUAAAUUCAACUUGUUUUGUCAAGUGGCAUAUGGAUUAAAAAAAAACAACCCAGAGAUUUGUGUAUGUGUGAUGUGUGCUUGUGUUGGUGGCAAAGCAAAAAAAAAUAUCCAUAGAAAAGCAAAUAUAAAUGAAAUAAAUAUAAAUAAUCAAAAACCAAAAAAAAAAAAAAGAUUGCAAAUCUAAAAACAAAAGCAAAAAAUCAUAUAUAUAACUAUUAUUUAGUGUAUACAUGAGGACGAUGAUGAUAGGUACACAGUUGGGAAUUGUUAACGACAAUGGGACAAAAAGUGUGUCACAGCAAAUAUUCAACUGAAUACUCCACUACAACGACGACAAAGGCAACAACAACAACAACAGCAGCAGCAAAGCAAGGACAUAGACCAAGCCAUAGACAACAGCAGCAAUAACAGCAACAACACCAGCCAUCGAAUGCUGUUUUCAAAUAAAUGAAAAACCAAAACGUCUGCCACCGUCUGCUGUUGCAGAAGCAGCAACAACAACAACAACCACAUUUGGUUGUUAUGACAAGUGAAAUAAAAGCGAUAUAAAACGUUUUGCUGCAUUCGAGUUGCAAUUUAUUCCAUUUUUUUCGUUUUUUACCCAGAUUUAGAUAAACAAAAAACGAAUACUGCCAAAAAAAAAAAGAAAUAUAUAUAUGAAAUAAACAAAUGCAUAUACAAACAUCAAAAAUAUCAUCUAACUAAACAAAAUAUUGCACAAAACAAACUAUACAUAUGCAGCAGAUAUACAUAUUUUUUUUUUUAUUGCUUAAUAAAAAUUAAAUCAAACAAAGAAAACCAACAAAAAAAAAAAAAAAACGAGUUGUGAAAUAUAUAAUAGAGUGAACGAAAAUUGCUAAAUUUUAUAAAAGUGGUAUUUAAGUGCAAACUUGCUAAUAAUCAAAUAACAGAACAAAAAAUUUUACAUGUUUUAAUUUAAAUCAAACGCUAAAAAAUAAAUGCAAAUCAGUGUUGAAAUGGCACUUAAAGAAAAAUAUCAAAAUAUUGCCGCCAUUUAAGAAAAACAGUGUUUAACAAAUCCUCCUUAACGAAAAUACAGAGUGGAAAGAAAAAAUAAACAAACAAAAAGCAACAAGAAAAGUGUUAAUUAAUUAUUCAAAUAAGAACGUAUAAUAUUAAAAUCCUUACAAGAAACCAGUAAAACAAAACUCCCUCCUAUUCCUUCCUAAGAAAAAUAAACAAAAAAAAUAUAUUAUUAAACAUAAAACAUUUCUGAAAAAAAAAUUAAAAGAAAAAAUAUGUUCAAUCAAACUGAAUUGCAUAUAAAAUCUCCUGGAUUCUCACACACAAAAACAACAAAUUCUUUUACCUGUGUAAAUAGUAAAAAUAACAAAAACAACAACAACAACAACAUGCUAACCUGUGGUCCUAACAGUGUCAAAAGAAAAUCAAAAAUAACUUCAACCUCUACAUCCAUACCUAUGAAAUUGCCACCAUUAUCAUCUGCCAGUAUAUCGACGACAUCAGUUGCAACAAUGGCAACAGCAUCCACAUCAUCUUCAGGAAAGUCAGUAACAACAACGGCAGCAUCAUCAUCAUCAUUCCACCUUAACAAACACAACAACAACUCUCAAAGGAGACCUGCUGCAGCGAGCAACUUUUUCUUCACCUUCAGUCAUAGUAAUUUAUUCAUAGUUGCAUUGUUGUUUGUUAUAACAGCUUGUAGUGAUCUCGUUGAGGGUGCUUUGCGUAAUGUCAAUUUAAUAAUUGAACCACCUGCUGUCAGACGUGGCCAACAUGCCAUAUUGCGCUGCAUGUAUGAUCUCGAGGGUGCACCACUUUAUUCAGCCAAAUUUUAUCGUGGCCAAUUGGAAUUUUAUCGUUAUACACCUGGUGAAUUUCCAAAUACGAAAGUUUUCCCCUUUCCUGGUAUACAUGUUGAUGUCACCAGCUCGAAUGCGACACAAGUGUUAAUACGCAAUGUGGGCUUCGGUUUAUCGGGCAAUUUUACAUGUGAAGUAACUGCGGAUGCACCAUUAUUCUCCACAGCCCAGGGAGUUGCAAUAAUGCAGGUUGUCGAACUUCCCGACAAGCGUCCAUUAUUGUUUACAGAACAAACACGCUAUGAACCGGGCGAUAUUCUAAGAGCUAAUUGUAGUACACCUCCUUCCAGACCUAGAGCCGAGCUUAAAUUUACAAUUAAUAAUAUGGUGGUCAACAAUGCCGAAGUACAAUAUAUCCCAACCAUCGAUAAUUUGAUUGCAUCACGCAUUAGCUUAAAACUCCAAUUGCAGGGUAUACAUUUCAGUAGCGCUAAUCCCUCGGUGUACGGCCAUAGUGUUUACGGUAUGAAUUCCGUACACGGUGGCGGAUUAGUGUUGCGUUGCACCGCAACCAUUGGUGAAUUUUAUCAGGAAUACAAGGAAAUUGAACUGGGUACACCGCAAAAGGAUCCAGUACCAGCACGAGUAACACUUUCAUCGAGUUCAUCGGUACGAAAUUUCAUGUCAUUCUUCUCUUCGGGCAGCAGUAGAACAAACCCAACGUCAACGGACUACACAAAGAUGUUACUGCUAUCAAGCGUCUGGCAUUUAACAUCUCUCGGAUCACUGAUACUGCAAACCUACUCUACUUUAUAUAACCUUUUAAGGUACAAAUAUACACAAAUCCAAUGGCAGCUGCUGCUGAGACAUUCACAGAAUGUUGGCGUGCAUUUACGAUUAUUAUCUCAGAGAUAACUUUAUGGCUUUGAAAUCAAUUAAUUUUCCAAUGAAUGAAUAUAGUGACUACAACAACAGAAAAACAUAAACGAACAAAAAUAUUAUUUAAUUUAAAAUAAAACAAAAUAAACAAAUAAAACCCUCCAAAACAGGAUAGAGGGCACACAGUGGUUAUAGAAAUACAUUGGAUAUAGAAUUCGUUUCCAGUUAUUCAUAUUCAAUGAUGUUAUAUAUUAAAUUUUUGAAUGUUCCAGUGAAUAAUCCUAUAUGCUGGAAUAUGUCAAAGUUUAUAGGAAUCCAAGCUAUAACAUGGCUGCUUAUGAAUGAAGGGCAUUUUCUUCGUCAGUUUCUUUUACGGGAGUAUUGGACUAAUUCCGAAUUUCGAAAACAUUUCUUGAUACAUAUAUAAUAGAUUCUAAACCAAUCAAUUCUAAUAUUUAUAAAAUUAAGUAAAAUCAUUAUAUGGAAGACGAAGGAAAAAUGAAAAAAGUAUAAUUGACGAUAUGUCACAUGUUUUUUCUUACCCAUUGUGAAUCUAAGGUAGAAAUCUGUUACUCUCUACUGACGUCUUCCUUACAAAGGAUUCUUUAUAUGCUUCCAAUGUUUGUGCCUAUACUACAUCUAGUGUGGGGAUUUGAUCAAAAUUUGUAAAGCAUUUUGCUAAGGCGAAAAAUGUGACUUCCUGAAACUUCCGGUACCUCCACCACAAAGUUCGAACAUUUAUAUUAAUCAAUUUCUGAGGACAUGGAUUGUUUGCUUUACUCCCUAUUGGACACCUAGUUAUAGAUUCGUAAUUGUCUCCAAUUUUGAAUUUAUUGGCCCAUUUUUCAGUCUGUGUUUCGACAAAUAUAUUUACCCUCAGCUUUGGCCACUCCCUUACAAGGACGUCCUAUUAAGAGUGGACCUGCAUAACCCAACCUUACCUUUGACAUAAUGUUAGCACAAAUAUUGCGAUUCUGGUAUAAAUAUUAGUGCAUACCUAUUUUUAUCGGUACUCAAUUGUCAUUUAUGAGAAAAAUACAUGCAUUUUCCUUCGAAAUGUUGAAAACUCGGCUAUUGGAAGUCUCUUAGGUACUAUCCUUUUUGUUGGGUUUCGUUUUUGAAAUAAUGCCAGACAGGCCUGCACAAAUGUUAUCUUUGACUUUUGGCCGCAUGAAUUUACCCCAUAUUUACGCUCUCUUUCGUGCUGAUGGGUAUUCAAUAUAAUUUCAAACAAAAUUUUUAUUUUACUCGCUAAAUAUAAACCAAUGGCCAUCUAAAAUGCUAGAGUAUCAGUCCUGUCCUAAACUCUAACUUCAUGCUUAAUUGUUUUUAAAUUGUGGCCUGUAGAUCAAUGAUAAACUCAGAAAAUUUGUUAUUAUACCCUCAGCCAUAUGGCUGGAGAGGGUAUAUAUCAUUUGAUAGGUCAAAAUAUGCCUAGUCGAAAUAACGGUUUUAGACCAUAGGUCUCUUCAAACCAAAUCCGUUUCAGGACAUUUGGAGUCGAUCUAGCGAUGUCCGUCUGUCUGGCUGGUGCGCACGAUAACUCUCGAAGGGAGUAUCCGAUUUGGUGUAAAUAUUUUUGUAAACUUAGAUCGAGUUCGGAGAUGGGCAAUAUCGGAUCACUCCUUCUGGCACCUCCCCUAGAAAAGAUCAAAAUUUUCAAAAAAUACAUUUUCUGUACAGAAAGAGGAAAGAUAAUACGAAUUUGCUCCAACUUUCCAAAUCCUAAUAUCUGCGUCAGUGAUAGGUCAGGUGGACAAAUGGGUGCGAAAAUGGACAAUAUCGGUACACUCUAUCAAGUACCUCCCCCACAAAGGGUCAACAUUUUGUAUAAUUACAACUCUUAUAAAAUGUGAUGUAAGAGUUUGAUUGAUUGUCUUCAAAUUUCACACAUUUUUAUAUUUUUAUGAAACCAAGAUCUGGUUUUAAAACGGCAAAAGGUCGAAAUUUUGAAUAUCCAUUAAGCGAAAUAUAAAACGCGAAAUUAUCAUUCGUUUCCAUUUAGACUUAGCACAUUUGAAUAUUUCUAUCAACACAGGAUCUGGUAUAAAGACGGUAGAGAUCGGACCAUUCCUUCAGUACCUUCCCCACAUGGGGUUCAAAAUUUUGAAAGACAAAACGCCAAAGAAUGCGAAAUAAAAAUUAACUCUCUUUACAUUUCACACACACACACAAACAUUUUUGCUAAUUCUCCUUCUGAUACCUCACCCACUAGGGUGACAAUUUUCAAUACUUUUAUCUGUCGAACUUAUGAAGCAAGUCAGCGAUUCUUUACAACUUGCUAUAUCUAAAUGUAUUUCUCUCAACCAGAAACCAGAGAUGAAUAUUAAAUUUAAGAUUUCCUAUAAAUUUUAUAUAAUUGUUCGAUUUUCUUAUAAUUUUGAUCAUACUAAUAUUUUUUAUCGAUAUUAGAUGAAGCAUGAAAAUCGAAUAUUUCGGUCGACUAUAUCUGGUACCUCACGCAUAUGUUAACAUUUUCUGAAAAUUAUCACAUAUUUCAUAUAAAGUGAAGGAAGUUACCAAUAUAGUCCACACCUAGCGCGUCGCAAUAUUUACAUCAUAUUUAUUUAGGUCCGAUACGAAAUAGACAAAACCAAAACCCAUUCUUUCAAACCCACUCCAUAGAGGGUCAAGAGUUUGAAUAAUCGUAAGAGAGGUCAAAAUAUUUUUAAAUAAUCGAACAUUGGAUGAGGGUAUACAUCUGUCGGCAACCAACCGAUACUUCUUGCAACAUUGUAAGGAAAAUUUAAAAAAUCUCAUGCGAUAAAAAAUAUAACUAAAAAUACUCAAUUUUAUUGACAUAUUUUUACGCGAUUUUCUUAGAUUUAGUCCUUUUCUGGCAAGAGGUCAUUCCGCAUUGGUGAGAAUUGUCAAAAUCAGCCCAGCAGUUCUAUAUGAAUAAUAUCAAUUUCUUUUACAUAUAUUAUACAUGCAACCCUGUAUGUAUAUUCGACGGACCCAUCUGGCAACGCCAUCAAUUUUGACAGAGAUGUCACGUCGCUUAAUGACAUACCGUGUUUGAAGCGUCAGUCCAAGCAGAUUUUUACCAUGAACUAAUACACGCUACGCGAGCGCUCUGAAAUAGUUGAAAUUUAAACAGAAGAAAUCAAUUUGAAAACUCAACGUGCUUUUCAAACAUUAAAAAAUGUGAGAAUUGCGCCUUCUAAGAACACCAUUAAGCGUUUAUACGAAAAAUUUUCGACUGGUAAGGCUCUUUCUAAUCCGAAGAGGCCAUAUAAAAGUCGACCAAGGCGAUCGGCCGAGAAUAUCGCUGCCGUACGAGCCAGUGUUGAGAGGUCCCCAAGAACAUCCCAAAAAUGCCGUUCUCAGCAGUUGGGCAUGGCUCGGUCCACUUUACAACGGAUUAUUCGCAUUGAUUUGCAUUUGUUCCCGUACAAAAUUCAAUUGACGCAAAGAAUGUUGCCUGCGGACAAGCCUCGUUGAUUGGAAUGGGCGAAGAUGACGCGCAAUUUUGGAACAAAAUUAUCAUGUCCGAUGAAGACCAUUUCACAUUGAAUGGGACCGUAAAUAAGCAAAAUUGCCGUUUUUACGCCACUGAAAAUCCUCAGGAGAUUCAAGAAGUGCCUCUUCAUGACGAAAAUGUCACAGUUUGGUGCGGCGUUAGUGCGCAAACGGUCAUUGGGCCGUUUUUCCUUCAAAAUGAAAAUGGCCAUGCUGUUACCAUCAAUCAGGAGCGUUAUCGCGACAUGAUGACCAAUUUUGUGAUGCCAAUUAUUCGUCGAGAGCGUAUGAGGCAGUUCUGGCUUCAACAAGACGGCGCUCCACCGCACACAAGUCGCAUAACAAUCGAUUUUCUGAAGAAUUUGUUGCCGGGCCGUUUGAUGUCGAAAAGUGGUGAUUUGGACUGGCCACCGCGUUCGCCCGAUUUGACGCCGCCUGACUUCUUCUUGUGAGGAUAUUUGAAGUCAAAGGUUUACGUUAACAUGCCAAGGACCGUAGAAGAGCUCAAGGACAACAUUCGUGAAGAAAUAGCCGCUAUUCCGGCCGAAAUGUUGGCAAAAACAUAUACAUCAUCAACGCCAGAGGCGGCCAUUUGAGAGAUAUCAUAUUCAAAAAUUGAUUGAAAUAAUCUACUUGGAACAAAUUAAAUGAUUAACAUUGCCAACCGCCAAAUUUUUAUUUUUUUCUUUGAUUUAAAAAAAAAAUGUGGGCAACCCUGUAUAUUGUACCUAUUUUGGCUAUCAGCGUAACUGUAACGACCAGAAGUGAUCUUUAACGUAUUUCGCCGGUAUUAAAUAUAUUAAUUAAAUAUAAAAUUAAAAAAAAACGCAAACAGGAAUCGUAUACCCUUGCUACGUCAGUGUGUUGCAGAAUAUUUUUAACUCAGGCGAUUUGAAAGAGAUUUAAAGUAUUUUCCUAAAGAAUAGAAGAGUCUUCUCCACAUUUAUUUUUCCUUGAAAACAUCAUCUACAUUGAUUCUGAAAACUUUUGUGUCACAAUUGAUCUAACCUUUUGUACAAUAAAAUCACUGUGUGGACCUAUGAAAUAAAUAUAAAAUACAAAUUGUGUUAUAUUUAGCGUAAAAUUAUGAUGAGGAUGGUGUGGAAGACAUGAUAUAAAGUCAGCUGGAUAAUGAUAACGAUAAUGAUAAUUUUAAUGCUUAUUUUUAAUUUGUUUUUUUAUUAAACAAAAGUGAGAAAACCCUUUUUUUUGUAGUAUUAUGAUUAUUAUUAUUAUAAAUUAUAUUUUUAUAGUUAUUACAAUUAAGGCAAACAAACAAACAAACAAACAAAUAAGCAUACGCAAAAAGAAUAACAUAAACAUAAAAGCUAUAAAAGUAAAAUUGUAAUUGUUUAUUAAUUGUUUUUGUCUGUUUCUAGAUGUUAAGACAAUGUAAAGAAGGGUCAACAAGAACAACAACAACAUUAAACACUACCCAUUCAUACAACAGAAACACAGUCACAGUCAGUCAGUCAGUCCCCUUUUCCCCUUUCCAAGUGAAGAAACAAAACGAAAACUCUGUAUGAAAUUAAAUGAUAAGACACAGGAUAAUACUAAUAAUUGAAUAUUAAAUAUAAUUGAAUAUUAAAAUUCAAUCAAGGCCGAAGAUCUUGAGUGUAGUUAAUGAAAUCUGUAAUAAUAAUAAUAAUAAUAAUUGAAAUAAAUAAAAACAGCAAAAUACACCUUUACCUAUAAGUUUAACUACAAAAUUAAAUUAUAUUAAAAAAAUGAAUAUUGAAUAAAUGUUUUAAAACACAAAAGAAAACAACAUUUAAAAUCAAUACCAAUAAAGAACAGAAAGUAAAAAAGAAAGAAAAAAAAUAAACAACUAUGCCUCAAGGCAAAAAUAAUAUGUCCUCCCUCCUUAAAUGAAAUCCACACACACACACACACACACUUACAUACACACACAUACUUCAUGUAAUAAAAAUUAACGUAACAUUUUAAAUGUGAACACAACCACAAAUGGAAUAUAAUUAAUAAUAUUAUGUGCAUAAUUGCAGUCGGCGGUGACGAGCGAGAAAAACAACCAUACAAUUACAACAAAACAAAAAGAAAGAAAGAA